AUGGGGGUCACAGAGACAGGCCUGCAGCACUCCAUCAUCCAGAAGGCCCGAGAGAUCCACGCCGUGGCUGAAACCAUCCCAGGUAACUUGCUGGAUCCUCGCUCCUAAGGACAUAAGCUGCCUUGCACAGAGUCGGAGCAGGGAUUGAGGUUUGGCACAAGCCCCAUUCCCCUUGCCAUCUCUCAUGAGCUUGUUUGGGGGGGGGGUGACAUUCUUCCACUCCCUUUCAGCCCAGCUCAUCAGCAAAGCAUCCACUCUGCAUAAAAUUGCUUGUUCUCAGUGACCAGCUCCUUCCAAUUGCUUGCAGAGUUGCUGAAGCCUGCAGAAGAGGCAGAGCUUGCUGCUCCGGGGACCAGCAGAGAGCCCCCCACCGCCAUGGCUCCUUCUGCCUUAGCACCAGAAGACCACCACUGUGAGUGUGUGAUCUGCAAGGAGCGAGAGGUAGGUUGACCACCACCCAGGAGCUUUGAAAGCUUAACCUGCAUGCCAGGCAGAGUCAGUGAUCCUCAGAGGCAUCAGGGAAUUAGCAUGACACAAUGGAAUGCUACUCCAUCUCUAUGCCACAGCUAUAGAAGGCCUUCCUAAAACCCAUCAAUCCUAAUCUGUGAAGUUUCUCAAGGCCUGAUCCAACAGGGAUCCUCUGCUGAUGUUCUUAUCUUGUGCCUGAACUUGCUUUUUUCCUCCUCCUUCCCAUCCCUUUUUCCUUGUGUGUUAUGUCUUAGAUGUCAAACCUGAGAGAAGAAACUGUUUUGUUUGUCAGAUGCUCUCGCAGGCUUUUUUGUGCAGGUAUGGUGGUGAGGAUGAAGCGCAGGAUCAAAAUACUUUGGAAUAAAACCCUGAUCUCUGACAACAUGUGUGCAAGGGGCAGGUGGCGAGGAGGCCCUGCUGUUGGUAAGAGCUGUGGUCCUAGCAUUUGCCUCUUCCUCUUCUUCUUCUCUUCCCCCCAGGCCCAGGUGGUAUUCCUGACUUGUGGCCAUGCCUGCUGCUGCCAGACCUGCUCCGAGGCCCUGAGCACCUGCCCGCUGUGCCGCAAGGACAUCGUCCAGCGCAUCCAUCUUUUCCACAGCGGAUAG